AUGCCAGAUAAUAGCGGCAGCCUUAAUGUGGCCAUCGUUGGAGGCGGCAUCGUCGGCUUGAUCAUGGCCGCUGGCCUUCAGCGCCGAAACAUCAAUGUCACAAUCUACGAGCAAGCCCGGGCAUUUCGAGAGCUUGGCACUGGUAUUGCAUUCAACCCUGCGGCGCAAGGGUGUCUGGAGAUGAUUGAUCCUGGCCUCACUGUGGCCCUGCAAAAGGGAGGGGCUGUUGGUCUCUCUGCAUUCAACGAUGAAGAGAUGAAUGAUUGUCUACGAUGGAUAGACGGAUACAACCAGCGUCAGCCCGAUGAUCCAGACUAUCAAAAGUUUUACUUGAAGACAGAUGCUGGAUACCGCGGCAUCCAGGGUAUUCGACGCGAUCAUCUACUUGAGCAGCUCACAAAGCUGUUCCCUGAAGAGGCGCUCAAAUUUAAGAAGCGAUUGGUUAGCAUUGAGGACAAUGAUCAUGAUGACCAGGUUAUUUUGACCUUUGAUGACGGCACAACUGCCACUGCCGAUGCAGUGAUUGGAUGUGAUGGCAUCAAGUCCAAGACUAGAGAACUGAUUGUAGGACCAGGCUCCAUUGCUGGAACCCCAACUUAUACGCACGUAAACUCGUAUCCGACAGUCAUUGCCAUGGACAAGGCGGUUUCUAUUCUCGGCGAAACAAAGGCCAAGGCAUUCCACAACCAUUUGGGGCCGAACGCCAACCUGUUACAUUAUCCCGUUGCCAACGGGACCAUGUGCAAUGUCACUGUCUUUAUUCGCAAUCCCGACGAAUGGCCCGAAGACAAGCCAACCAGUCUCAUGGGCCACAAGGCUGAUAUCUUGGAUCACUACAAGAACUGGAACCCGGUGGUUUGCAAGCUCAUUGAUGCUUUACCGGACCAACUACCCACAUGGGCUGUCUUUGAUCUCUGGGAAUACCCUAUUCCGUAUUACAACAAGGGCCGCGUAUGUGUGGCCGGUGACGCUGCGCACGCAAGCAGCCCGCAUCACGGAGCUGGCGCCGGCAUGGGCAUUGAAGAUGCGCUGUGCCUUGCAACGCUUCUCUCCGAGGUCGGUCUGACGCUGCGACAAGGGCAGGCCUCCAAGUUUAAUGCGCUUGCGACGGCAUUCAAAGCGUAUGACGCUUCACGUCGCCCACGCAGCCAGUGGCUCGUCAAUAGCAGUCGUCGCAUCUGCGACUUGCAUCAGCAAGAGGAAUGGGGAGAUGCUACAAAGUGGAUCAAGGCCGAAACUACACUGGAAGAGAUUCGUGACCGCACAGAUAGGAUUUGGAACUUUGAUUAUCGAGGCAUGGUGCAGGACGCGGUCGCCGACUAUGUAAGGAGCAUCAGACAGCAUAAGCAUAAAUCAAUCUAG